GGCACAUUGGUGCAGCAGUGCUCCGAAAAUACACAUGACUUUCUUGGAUCUCGACUCUAUAACAUACCCUAUUAUUCAAAGUCGGCAAGAAGGAGCUCCUUCCGUCUGCAAAUUGGGAGAAGUUUUAACUUUUGAUGGAAAAGGGGAAAGCUCUAUCGGCUAUUACAGAUUCUCUAACGAAACUCAAUUUUAAUGUCGGAUCCAAUUCUCAAUACCCCAUCACGACCUCUCAUGUCUCCAGAAAAACGUGGGAGAAGAGAAGGCCCCCGAGUUUAGUGAGCUUGUGCCUUGGACUUAUUGGAAAGCAUUUGGAGGAUAUAAUUCUAGAUUUAGAUGAAAUUGCCGGAAAUUUUCCUGCUGAUAUUAAGAUUGCAAUGGCUGCCAUUGCCAGACGAAGGAAGUUGCUAAACGAUGAGGUUAUUGUAUCUCUAGCUGAUAGUUCCUGGGAGUUUCUUGACAUAUCUGGUUCAGAUGUUUCAGAUAUUGGGUUGGUAAAAGUGGCUGAAAUCUGCAAGUUUCUACGAGCUGUAGAUAUAAGCCGCACCAGAAUUACUUCAGGUGGGGUUUCUGAUCUAGUGCAGCAUUGUCAUUCGUUGGAGACGUUAAGAUGCGGAGGGUGCCCGAGGAGUGACUACACUGCACGCUGGUGCUUGGACAUAUUUAAACCAAAACUACAUAACAUGGAGGGAGAUUCUUGGGAAGAACUUGUUACUGCAGAAUUUGUUAAUGGUGCAAAAUCAUUACGGUGGCUUGUUUGGCCAAAAAUUGAUAAGGCUACUUUGGAGAUGUAUGCAACCGAGUGCCCACGGAUUGUUGUGAAUCCUAAACCAUCGCCUUUUGGUUUCAGAGGGACCAAAGUUCCAAGGGAAGCAUUACCAGAUGUUGCACUCGAUGAUCCAGCUGUUGAGGAUAUCGAUCCUAAAACAUGGGUAUUGUACGGAUCAGUUCCAAAGGCUAUGCCUCCUCUUCUCUCAAGCCCAGUUGAAUUGUCCAUGGCUGAAAAAUUUAGACUUGCGUUUGUGGAAAGGGACAACAGAUUGGCUCCAAAAAGAGCAAAAAAUAUCAGGCAACAUCAGCGGCGGGCAGAGAGGGAGUGGGCAAUGAUGGAUGCAAGAACAAAGGCACUUGCCCUGGCCUCACAAGCAAGCAAGUCCUUUCACAUUCGUAGCUAGUAUUAAUUGCACUAAAUGCGGAUUUCAUAAUUAAGAUCCAAUCUAAUCCGUAUAUUAACUCCGAUCCAAUUUAACUCACAAAAAUGCAAGUUGGAUCGAUUAUUUUA